AUGCAUCGGCCAGCUGUCACUCGUUUGGCCAAGUAUGGGGCCUCAGCCCUGGCUGAAUUGCCUCCGCCAUACCUGGCGCCUUCCCUCCAUUUCUCGAUGACUCGAUCCACCCAAUCCUCGAGCUUCUCCACGACUUCUCCCGUUGCCGCUGGCCGAGGACGCGACAUGAACCGAAAGCGUGGUGUAUCAGCAAUUCAUCGCACUGGCCCACGAUUCAAGCUUGGUGUUUCCAAGUACCCGUUACCGAAGCCCGUGUCAGCCGAUUUCUUGCCUCCUCGUGACAAAAACCCCGAUCAUGGACUCUGGGGAUUCUUCCCUCCGUCUCGUGAGGCUAUGAGCGUUCCGGACUUCGAUAUGGCCUUUGGUCGCCCUUGGGCUGUUACCGAACUGCGAGACAAGAGCUGGGAUGAUCUUCACAAACUUUGGUGGGUCUGCAUUAAGGAACGCAACCGUAUCGCUACAUCGAACCUGGAGAGAGAGCGCCUCAAGGCUGGAUAUGGAGACCACGAAUCGGACAGUCGUGACAAAACCAUCCUUGUCACCAUGAAGAGCAUCAAACAUGUUUUGCGUGAGCGCUGGUACGCUUGGGAGGAGGCACAGCGUCUGUAUGAGAAGGGAGCUCGCCCGGCCUAUGAAGAAGACGCCAUGGAGGCCCCCGAGGAGGAGGUGAAUGAGACCAAAGACUCCAAGGCGUAA